CAGUGCGUCAUUGCAAACUGAAGGAACUGCACUUCACAUGCAGAUAUCUAGGGCUCAGCAGGAGGAGAUUGGGGAUGGGGCCAACCUCACCAUAUCGUUUGCCGGCGAACUGCUUGAGAAGGCUGAGGAGCUCAUCAGGAUGGGCUUGCAUCCAAGUAAGAUAAUCAUUGGCUAUACCAAAGCGGAGACUGCAGGCAAAGAGAGCUCGAGCUGCGGCCUUCAUAGGUCAUGGAGAGAUUUCAACAACUUAAGUUAUUUGCUCCUGACACCAAGAAUAAGGUUAAGAUGAUGGAAAAGCGCCUUUCUCUCUAUAAGAACAGUGCGUUCUGAGGUGUGAAGUGGGAGAGAGGGGAUGAUUGAGGUUUUGAAUAAGACGAUCUUUGCGUUUUGGAUUAGUUGUUAGCACUGUCUAUUAGGACGAUUAGUUUGGUGACAAAGGUCAGUUGUGAGACAGGGAUGUGAAAUAUCCAUCUGUUUAUUUUAUCUAAGAUACCUUUGCGACUAAGGUCAAUUCUUGAACAAUUACUUUGGUGUUUGCUAUAAAUGUAAUAAAGAUGUUGAUGUGUGACUUGUGAACUUGUGUAUUUGGUCGUGAAUGGAAUAUAUUGUUGGGCACACAUGUUAUUUUGGA